AUGGCGCUGGCAAUGAGCAGCAGCAGCAGCAGCACCUGCGCGGCGGCGGGUAUAAGUGACUGGUCUCCCCGACAAAGAGCCAAGGGUGCCGCGGGAGGGCCGGAGGCGGGGGCGGCGUUAGCGAGCCGGCUAAGGGAGGACAUGGCGUCGCUGCUGGAGAUGGGGCCGCCACGUCCUGGUCAGGAGCUUGCCCCCAAGAAGCAGAGGGAGGCGUUUCAGCACGCGUUGGCGGUACUUGCUAAGGUCCGGCGGGGACCCCAGCUCGAGGAGGCGCUCCUGCUGGCAUGCACCACGGUCGAUAGACACCUCGUUCGGUUCGUUGGGGCGGAGUUGGAGGCUGCAGCGGCGUUGUUAUCGAUUUUGGCCACGGAGUCGUCGGCCCGGUGCGCCAAGGCAAUGGCCGCGAAGGUGGCGUAUGAGAUGGCACAGGCGGGCGGGGCGGGGGCGGGGUCUGGGCCCGCAAAGCACAAGCAGCAGGAAGAAGAGGAGGAGGGGCGAUUACCGCUGUCGGUUCUCGUGGCGGCGGUCAGGUCGCUGCGCACUUUGAGCGCUAGCGCGGUGGCAAUAGAGAAGUCGGUCAGGAUUUCCUCUGCGUGCCCUACACCCCCCGGUGGUGGCGGUGGCAGGGGCCCCGUGUCUGUGAGAUUGGGCCCGGGGGGCCCGUCGGCGUCGAGGCUGGUGCGGUACCUAACGCGGGAGUGCGACAAGGUUCGCGGGAUCACCUCCCACCCGGUGGUGGAGCGAAACCUCGACGCCCUCAUGUCCGAGCUCAGGUCUUGGUCCGCCGGGCUAGGCAGCGCCGCCGCUGGUGGCCGCUUCAGCGCUCCCGCGGUGAGCACGGGCGAGGUUUUCCAGAGCAAGGGCGUUCGAUUGUUGCCGGCCGGGCCCGUCGGCGGCGGCACCGAGGCGGGAGGAGGCGCAACGUCGGGGAGACCAGGAGGGAAGCCUCUCGCCAAUGGGGGCAAGGCCUCCGUGUCUUGUGGGGGGAAGGCCGGGGGGGAAGAGGGAGGGGGAGAGGGAGACCGAGGGGUAGACCGAAAGGGAGCGGGAAAGGGAGAGGGAGGGGAAGAGGAGGGAGAGGAGGAGGCGGCUCUCCCCGCGCCGGUCCGCUUGCCAUCGCCAAGGUGGCCACAAGGGCCUCUUGCGAUGCUGAUGCUGGUGCAAGUGCUAGUGCUGGUGCUGGUGCAUGUGCUUGUGCUGGGGCUGGUGCGAGUACUGGUGCAAGUGCUGAUACAGGUGCAAGUGCUAGCGCAGGUGCUGGCGCGAGUGCUUGUGCUGGCGCGAGUACUGGUCGCCAGCAUCAGCGCCAGCAUCAGCGCCAGCAUCAGCGCCAGCAUCAGCGCCAGCCUCAGCACCAGCCUCAGCGCCAGCCUCGGCGCCAGCCUCUGCGCCAGCCUCAGCGCUAUCCCCAGCGCCAGCCUCAGCGCCAGCCUCAGCCCCCGCCUCUGCGCCAGCCUCAGCGACACGGAGCGUUCGAGCCGCACUGUGGGGCCAGAGGGGGCAGCGGCAGCGGCAACGACGACGGGCGCGGGCGCGGGGCAGGGAGCACUGCAGGGUAACAUCGGCGGCGGCGGUGGUUCUUUUUCUCCCAAGGAGGCUUGGGAGACGUUGAAGAAUAGCCUCGACUUUUGGGAAUGGAUAAUUGCGCGGCUGAUGGGGUUCCCGCGGCCACAAACCUCGACGGUGACCUCUGUAGACCAGUUUCUGGGCGGGCUGCCUGUGCAGUGCUGGGCGGAGGUCAUGGAGCGGGCGGGGCUUUCUCACCGUACGAAGGAGGACGUGCUCUCCCCUACGGAGUUUCAGCGCAUCGUAGAGACUAUCCUUUGCCACCGCAACGCCGCGUUCUGCCACCACCGGGAUAAGGCCAAGCGUCACGCGGGCCACGAAAAUUUUCUUGGCAUCUCUCUGUCUCUCAUUUCGUCCACGCCGACCCCGUUCUUGAUGGUGACCGAUCUACCGGCGGACGUGACACACGCGGAGAUGAUUACGGCGUUCAGGCCGGACGCCCGUGUGCCGGACAGGGUGAUGUUCGAGGACAUCGACAUCCCCGUCAGGGGCGGAGUCCUCGCUGGCAGCAAGGCGAAGAACGUCAUGCCGCAGACGGCGGCCAUCCUGUCUUUUCAGUCGGAGGAGACCGCUCGUCUGAUGAGGGACAUGUGGGACGGAGGAGUGCUUCGUCCGCAACAUGUGUGCGUAUUGGGGGGCAUGAUGUUGCCCGCGGUAGGGGCAGGGACUUUUUUCAGCUGCAUCUGGAUCGGCGCGUUCAGCGGGAAGCAACUGAGCGCCAUCGAGCUGAUGGAUUACGCAACUCGGACAUGGCCCCCCGACACGCUCAUGCGGCCGGUUUUCUCGGAGGCGCCGUCUAGCGUGGAGUCAGUGCACCUGACCUUCCCUUCUUGCUUGUCCGCAAGGGACGCCAUUGAAGGCCUCCGGGGCAACCAGCCCGGGAAACAACUACCGGACGCAGAAGCGUCAGACGGGCGUGCGGACGGCGGUGUCGGGUACAUCGCCGGCACGUCUUGCUCCGUUCUCUUCUCGCCGCUGCUGACGCUGCCCGCGGGAAGGUCGUACCGUGUCGGGGAGCUUGGCGUGCAACGGGCGGCGGCGGCGGCGGUCGCGGGGACCGGGGUGGGCGGGGACGGUGGCGGCAACGGCGGAGCUAGAAACGACGCCAACGGCGUGAGGAGCCAUCCGUUGGCCUUGGCGGGGAAGAACGGACCGGUCGCUAACGGCGCGCCGGCCGGAUCACAGCAACAGCAGCAGCAGCAGCAGCAGCAGCAGCAGCUCGGACUCACUGCCGAUCAGAUGGCGGCCGCGGCCUCCACCACCGCCGGUGUCAACGGGGGCGGUGGCGGUGCGUCUUUGUCUUCGGGAACGGCGGCGGGGACCGGAUUCGGAGAUCGCCGCAACGCGGGGUGGGACCCAACCGGGAGGGACAUCUGCGGAGGGCGAGAGCGAGGCCAGGUUGCCGACACGGCAGCAGCGUCGACGAGUGGGAUGACGGUGGGGCGCGAGGUUAGCCGGGAGCAGGGCACCGCUAGCUCCGCUGCACACAGAGCAAGGGGACAUAUUACGGGAGGGGGGCCCGAAACGGAGAUAGUGGCACAGCAGCGCCAGCACCAGCUUCCACAUGAACAUCAGCCGCACCCACGGCAUGUUGAGCACAACAAUCACGGCGGCCUGGUCCAGUGUGGUGGCCACGAGGUCGACCGGGGGAGCUACUUCGUUUCAAGGCCCUCCCCUAAGGCUAGCUUUGAUCAGAGGGACGAUGAUCGGUAUGUCCGAAUACUGGAUAUCGAUUCGGACCCUCUCUACCAAGCGGUGCUAGACGCAUGCGACCGUGUCGGAAGCUUCCGGGUCGUCGGCUGGUGCAAGCGGCGGUGGCUGAUGGACAUCCUCUUCGAAAGUCGAAGGGAUGCCGCGGCGGCGCUCGACGACAUCGACCACCUUCGGCUCGCCAGCUCCCGUUCUCGAAGACCGAUCAAGACCCUUCUCAAGCCGGCACGGUUCAACGGAGGAUUUUCCAACAACACUUCUCAAGCGACAGCGGCACCGCCGGUGUCAGUGGCAGCACCGAUGCCGAGAGUGUGGCCAUCUUCGUCCUCUUCUCGGCAAGCACCGCCCCCUGUCAACAGCAUUCAGCAGCAGCAGCAGCAGCAGCAGCAGCAGCCGUCGGGGGCGGCGGAGGUAGCAGCGGCAGCGGCGGCGGUGGCCGCGCAGAUCGCGGUCGCGAGCAAGGACCCUGACAGCGUAUUCUUCCCCGUGGCGACAGGAGCAGGUGGCGGCGCCGGCGCCGGGUCUGGUAUCAUCCCGCAGCAGACAGGGGCACCGCAGUACGCGCGAGGGGGUGCAUUCCCUGGGAGCUUCGCCUCCGCCCCCCCCGUUACGAGCAGGACUACGGGCUUUCAACAUCACCACAACCAUCAGCACGCAGGGCAGAUGGCGCCGAGCGGCCGGGGGGCCGGCGGCUGGGACGAUGGUCGGAGUGGCGGUGCUCUUGGCGCGGAGAUGCGGCCGCAGCAGUUCCCCCCGCGGGACGUCCCCCCUGUCAACGGGUGGAGUACCGCUGGGGGCGGCGUCGGUAACGUUAGCAGUAGCGAUCGUGGUAGCAACAGCUUCGAGAGCAGCGACGGUGGAUUUUUGGCGGCGGCGGUGGGCAGCACGUUACAGCAGCAAUAUCAGUGGUCGGCGCCAGCGCCGCCGCCUCAACAGCUCCACCACCCGGGAGCAAACCGAAAAAGAGCGCGUAGCCCGGCUCGUAUCCAGGACGAUCACGCGGACCGGAUCCAGCCCCCCACCCACCUUGCACAGCAGCAGCAGCAGCAGCAGCGAGCCUUGGACGGGGUUAGCAUACAGCUGUCUCAGACCACGCCGGCCACCCGCAACAACACGAUCGUCGGCAUCGCGCCGUCUCCGGUCAGCCCACCGUCUCCAGACGGGGUCGUCGGUUUCUCGACGUCCAAGUCCAGCUGCGAGGCAAGACCGGAGGACAUCGAGAACGGCGGCGGCCUUGUCGGCAGCGUCAAAGCUGAAGUUGGCGGUGGGCAGGCGGGGGCGAGCGGCAGAAAUAACGCCUUUUUUCCUUCGUUGAACUCCCGAACGGCGGCUGCCGUGGAGGGGCAAGGGGGCAGGGAGAGAGACGAAGCCACCGCCGCCGGCACAGACGUCUCUGUCAACAAACUCUUGUCCAACCACCCGUGGACCGCCGCGGAUGCCGGCAAGGGUGGACAAGGAGCAGGCGUACAACAACCGAACGGUGCCAGAAACCCUGUGGUCGACGGGCCGCGGCAGCAGCAGCAGCAUUCGGUGCAGGCGCCUUCGGCGUGGGAGCAGCAAGGACAACAACAACAACAUCGAAGACAACCAAACUGGAUGACACACAGCCCUCUUACCUUCGACGGGAAGCCGCUCGCCGAGCUUGGAGCACGGCCGUCGUCCCCGGGGUCGUCGGGGCUCAUGAUGCCGGGGGGGACGACACCGGGGCUGCGGGUACCGAAUGGGGGAUGGUCGAAUGAGAUUUCGGGUCUUCCGAUGCAGCCAGGGUUGGUAGAAGGAGGAGCGGUGCGGCACACCGCUCUCGGCGGUGGUGGUAUCAUGCAGCAGCAGCAGCAGCAGCAGCAGCAGCCAUACUUGUCGACACAGCAGUACCAGCACCAGCACCACUUCCACGCGCAACCUGCCGCGCCCCAGGGGUCUUCCAAUGCCCUCAGGGGUCAGAUACCAUGGGCGGGGCAAGCCCCACCAGCUCCUGCCCCCCACCAGCAGCACCAGCGGCGGCAGCGGACAGAACAGCCGGGGGCUGAGGAAGGCAAAGCGGGCGCGGGUUCCGCGGCGAUGAUCAGCAAGGGAACGAGCCUCGCUAGCGGCCAUGUUGAAAUCUAGGCGGGGGGGAGGUUGUCGUGUGUUCCCCAGAUGUGUCUGGGGUUCGUGAUAUCGCUGAAGGCAUCUCAGGCAACGGAAGUCUUGGGCCCUGCUUCACAUCGCACCAUCUCUCAGUUGCGAGCGAUUUGUUAUUUUUCAUUCUAUUUUUCCGACGACGUGUGGACAACGAUCGGGACGCUUACGCGUGUAGAUUUGUCGCAACGCCCGUAGUAGGUAGUGCGAGGAGGAAUACCGGUUGGGAGUGAUAUUGUUUGGGUCGGAACGAUCGACAGCCGCGAUGUAUUUGGCGUUGCUUGUCCAUAGAAAGGCUUCGCCCGAUGUCGCAUCGCUUACUCUCUCCUAGUAUUCGGCAUGGAGUCCCUAGCGCCUGGGACACGGGAGGUGUAGAAUGUGGAGCGGUAUUGUAUGUAGACCAUUUGGAAGAAUGUUGUUUAAACGCGUUCGAGACGCGUUUGUCUGUGCUCGUGUCAGGUCGUGGUUGCUGCUUGCUGCUGCUGCUCCGUUGUCAAACAAAGAAUGCAUGGGCAGCUGAGACUGAGCUCCGUGUGUUUGUAACUUUGUGUUGAUUGAUCCCCGGGGUGUGUAUGUAUUGCAUGAUUUACUAGUUUUGUGCAGAACGCGCAGCAGCAGCAGCAGGAGCUUUCUGAUGCACGUCAUCAGUCGAUUCAUAGGUACGUCUCAGGGCAUCUAGAUGUGUAGUUAAACUCCACGGGUUGUCGGAGGAAGUCCUUUCUAAAGGGCAUGGCGGGUAAUAGUAGUAGUGGCGAACCGAGCCAUGUUUUGCUCUAGUCUAGAGUUCGGCAUUGUCGUUGUGUAUGUUUGGCCCUUCAUAAAUUUAGGCAUGAGUUGACAUGAUCCAUCAUCAUCCUGAAAGUGGCGCUCAUGCUCUCUGCAGGGCGCACCCACACGCAAAUCGUUUUUGCGUGUACGUGUGGGGGAAAAGGCUUGGCAGGCGUAUAUCCCCGGCGGCGACCAUGCCCCGGAGAAGUAUUGAGUACAACUUCUCAACCGUACUAACGGACCGAGUUUAGUGUACUUUACUCAAAAUCGUCUGGCUUGAUUCAUGAUCUUGGAUGGUCACCUUGGUUUUGUUUUUUUGUCUGCUUGGGAUCGCGUGCCGAGCGGGAACGAUGAACUUUCGCGUUUUUGGGUUGGAUGGCGCCGUCGUGCUUUUCUAUUAUUUUUGCGUUCUCUUUUUUCCGGGUUCGCGGGCCUCUGCCGGUUUGUUUUUUUGUGAUGGAUGCCACUAUUUACACUCGUUAUUUGAGUGUUACUUGAGGUCCUUUCACUUCUUUGAAAAGGGUGUGGUACCCCCUUUGUUUGGGUAGUUGACCUGUACCCGCGGAAGGUGUGUGCGUCAGUGGAACCAGUGCAGAGACGGGCACUGUUUUUAAUGUGAAGAUAACAA